GCCCCGGGGCAGCGCCGCGCCGGGAGGAUGCGAGUGGGCGCCGCGGGGCGAGGCGAGGGCGCGGGCGGCCGCGGCGUUGGGAGCUCCCGGCCCAUCCGCCGCCCCCCCGCCCCGAAAGAAGUGCAGUAGUUUGUGGAGCGCAAGAUGGCGGCGCGGCCGUGAGCGCAGGCGGCGGGCGGGCGGCGGCGCGGGCUGAGGGGGCGAGGCGGAGCGGCGCCGGCAGGUAGUGGAUGUGGACUUUAAACCAUCGUGUCUCAACAUCUCAUCCUCAACUAUCUAUUUUAAAUCUGAUUGCACUACAGAAGAAAAGCUGCUAAUGGGAUAAAUGUUGAGACUUCACAAGAACUGACUUGAAGUACCGAAAGCCAUUAUUACUAUUAUUAUUAGUCAAGAAGAGCUGGAAGCAAAGUCUGUAUCUGACCAGUCAGUAGAGUUUUCACAGUAACAGUCAUGGCAAGUAAACGAAAAUCAACAACACCGUGCAUGGUCUUAGCCAAUGAGCAGGACCCGGAUCUGGAAAUGGUAUCAGACCUGGAGGAAGGACCACCUGUGCUCACGCCAGCAGAAAACCCUCCAGCAGAAAGUGUAACAAGUGAUGAGGAUGUUCAUGAGUAUGUGGAUUCAGACAAUCAGAAAAAUACAAAUAAAGUAGAAGGUGGUUAUGAGUGUAAAUACUGUACUUUUCAGACUCCAGAUCUCAAUAUGUUUACUUUUCAUGUGGAUUCAGAACAUCCCAACGUAGUGUUAAAUUCAUCCUAUGUUUGUUUAGAAUGUAAUUUCCUUACCAAAAGAUAUGAUGCCCUCUCAGAGCAUAAUGUGAAGCACCACCCUGGAGAGGAGAAUUUUAAAUUGACCAUGGUGAAACGUAAUAAUCAGACAAUCUUUGAACAAACAGUAAAUGAUCUCACUUUUGAUGGAAGUUUUGUUAGAGAGGAAAAUGCUGGACAGGCCGACUCUUCUGAGGUCCCCUCAUCAGGGAUCUCAAUUAGCAAAACUCCUAUCAUGAAAAUGAUGAAAAACAAAACCGAGACUAAACGUAUCGCUGUUUUCCACAAUGUAGUUGAUGACAUUCCUGGUGAAGAAAAGGGAACUGAAAAUGAGCCAAACUCCGAAGAAGCAGUAGAAAACCCCCCACCGGCAGUUUCUGAGUCAAAACCAAGCCAUUCAGUUGUGUGCAGUGCAGCAGAUGUGGCUGGUGCAGUGGUGACCCCGGCACCAGUGCUUCAGCCUGGGGUGGCACAGGUUAUAACAGCUGUUACAGCCCCACAGAACUCAAACCUGAUCCCAAAAGUCCUAAUACCUGUAAAUAGCAUUCCAGCCUAUAAUACUGCUUUGGAUAACAAUCCUCUUUUGCUUAACACCUACAACAAAUUCCCAUAUCCAACCAUGUCGGAAAUCACUGUUCUUUCCACCCAAGCCAAGUACACAGAGGAACAGAUUAAAAUAUGGUUUUCUGCCCAGCGUCUGAAGCACGGUGUGAGCUGGACGCCAGAGGAAGUGGAGGAAGCAAGGAGGAAACAAUUUAAUGGCACAGUGCAUACUGUGCCACAGACAAUUACCGUUAUUCCUGCACACAUUUCUGCCGCUAGCAAUGGUUUACCUUCCAUUUUACAGACAUGCCAAAUAGUUGGUCAGCCAGGACUUGUUCUCACUCAAGUUGCAGGUGCAAAUACAUUACCAGUAACAGCCCCAAUAGCUUUGACUGUAGCGGGAGUCCCAAACCAAACACAGCUACAGAAGAGUCAGAUUCACAGUGCUCAGCCUAUUGCAGAAACCAAACAAGUAGCUGCCGUUCCAGCCCCUCAGCCCAUCAAAAAUGAAUCCACGGUGAUGAAUCCUGACUCCUUUGGCAUCCGAGCAAAAAAAACUAAGGAACAACUGGCAGAAUUAAAAGUCAGCUACCUUAAAAAUCAGUUUCCUCAAGACUCGGAGAUUGUUAGACUUAUGAAAAUAACAGGUCUGACUAAAGGAGAGAUCAAAAAGUGGUUCAGUGAUACACGCUACAAUCAGAGAAACUCAAAGAAUAAUCAUGGGAUUCACCUCAACAGUGAUUCAUGUGCCACCAUUGUUAUUGAUUCAAGCGAUGAAAUGAACGAGUCCCCAACAGGAGUCACUCCACAGAGCAAGUCAUCAUGGAGUGCUUUUCCUGAUUUCACCCCACAGAAAUUCAAAGAGAAGACUGCUGAACAACUGCAAGUCCUCCAAGCAAGUUUUCUUAAUAACCCUGUCCUCACUGAUGAAGAGAUGAAUAGGUUAAGAGCCCAAACCAAACUGACUAGGAGAGAGAUUGAUGCCUGGUUUGCAGAAAAGAGGAAAUCAAAUGUCUCGAAGGAAGAGGGAGCUGACUUGAAUGAAAGCAAUGCUGGCAGCUCAAAAGAAGAGGCUGGAGAAACAUCUGUGGGAGAUGGAGCAGCAGGAACAAAAUCAGGGUGUUCCACUUCAAGCAAAGUAGGCAAAAAAUCACCAGAGCAGUUGCACAUGCUCAAAAGUUCCUUUGUGCGUACUCAGUGGCCGUCUCCACAAGAAUACAACAAGCUGGCAGAAGAAACCGGGCUUCCGAGAUCGGAAAUUGUGAGUUGGUUUGGAGAUACUCGCUAUGCCUGGAAAAAUGGUGGAUUGAAGUGGUAUUACUAUUACCAGAGCGCCAGUGCAAACAGUCUGAAUGGCCAAGGCUUUGCCAGGAAGAGAGGGAGAGGAAGACCAAAAGGGAGGGGGAGAGGGAGGCCUCGGGGGAGGCCUCGGGGAAGCAAGAGGUUAAAUUGCUGGGACAGAGGUGUGUCUGUCAUAAAAUUUAAAACUGGAACAGCAAUCCUGAAGGACUACUAUAUGAAGCACAAAUUCCUUAAUGAGCAAGACCUCGAUGAACUGGUAGCCAAAUCUCACAUGGGAUAUGAGCAGGUCAGAGAGUGGUUUGCAGAGAGGCAAAGAAGAUUAGAUCUUGGAAUAGAGCUGUUUGAUGAGAACGAGGAGGAAGAUGAAAUGCUGGACGAUCAGGAAGAUGAAGAAGAAACAGAUGAUAGUGAUACUUGGGAACCCCCCAGACAUGUUAAACGUAAACUUUCAAAAACGGACUGAUGUACAGUUUGAGAUUUGGGGGCCAAAAACCUAUUAAUUAGGUUUAAUGUUACAGUGAAGAGCCAAAUGAUUUUUCAUGGCCUUCAGUUUAGCAAGCAGCUGCUUAGCAUCUUUCUUCCACCUACGAGAACAUGGGCGAGGUGCUACCUGUGUGGGCAACAACUGCUUGCUUCGUUGCUACAAGAGAUGAACAUCCUCAGGCCCAGCCUAGGACAGGGGGUUAUAAAUCAGAUCAAGUUCAGCUCUUUUUCCACAUCACUGAUGGGAAGGUUCAUGUUCAUCAUACAUGUGACUGCUUCUCAAUAUUUAAUUGCCUUAUGUUGUUUAAUUCCAAAAAACCACAGACACCUUUUUUUGUUGAUGUUGGAGAACAUUUUGCCUGCUCAUGAAGGAGGAAAACACAAAAACCUUAGAUGUCUUUUUGCAAACAUCACUUCAUCUGAAAGGUUUCAAGGCCUGGGUUUAUUUCUUAAGGAAAGAGUUGGAAUCAAAAAGAGAAGGGGAAAAGUGUGACAAAAGGAAUCAAUGAACCUAGGGGUGAGGAUUGAUUGGUUUAAGAAAAUAAGGUGAUACCGGCACCUUUUGCUUAUCUUCAGUGUUUGGGGUUUACAGAACUUGGACUGAAAUGUUCCUUAUUGAUAAUUACGAGCUAACUGAGUCUGAUGCUAGAAGAUGCUUUUUGUUACAGUUAAUCAGUGUAUCCUACAUCACUUUAAUUUAAAUGCCUGACAGACAUGAUGCAGUUGAUAAUAACACUCAUUUUUAGCUUGUGCAUUCUUUCCUUUGUUGGAAAUGGUAAGAGAAGUAUGUGUAUUUCUAGCUAAAAAGAAUAAUUUCUUGAAAUCUUACACUGAGUUUUAAGGUAAACAUGAGGUAGAAACUGCCUAAAAGUCAUUCACAGCUGCUUAGGGGUUUGUAAGAGUACACAGAUACGUAGAUGAAAAGCAUCUUUUGGUGCUACUAAGAAAGGUUUUCAAGUAAGUUAUGGCAAUGACAUGGUGUUUAAUUCUCAAACAAAAUGAAGUUAUAUGGCUUUUAGAUGCUUAGGAAUUAUAAACGCAGUAGUGUUGAGUUGUUCUUCAGUGAUAGCCCAGUUGAGUGAUUUGUGUGCAGGUUUAACUGUAAUUCAUCCUAACUGUUGAACUUCCACUGGGCUGAUUGCUCUUAGCACUGCUGGGUGAGCGCACUUAUUUUUAGAGGUGGUUUGAGUUACCUGAACUGAACUCCAGAAGUAGUCUAAUCUGAUACAAAACAUCCACAUCAUGAGUAUGUGUAUUUAAAAGAGAAUAAGAGAAAGUAAUUUGGUCUCGAGACAGUGACAUCAUCGUAGUACAGUUUGAAUUAGGAACUUAAAGGCAGUGGGCCAAAUUCACACAAGUUGGUUUAGGCGGAUGUUUGGCAUCCUAGAGAAUGGGUGCUCUGAGGAAGAGUAGUUUGUGUUCUUGCUACUGGCAGCCUGCAGUUUUAGGGAUAAGUUACUUUAUAUUUAGAUGUCAAAAGAUGAAUUGGUGCUGCUGUCACCAGCAUUGUCUGCUUUUUACAUUGGCAUUAAUGGAAAGGAUACUAGCAGUCUCCUUUUGCACAUCUGUCAGCAUCUUCUCUGUAGGCUCCUGCAUCUGGUGAUUAUAGAGAUUAGUAUAGAGAAAAUGUGUCCUAAUGUUUCCCCAUCUCCAAGAACCUAUUCUAGAAUUAUUCUUUCUCCCACAUUGUGAAAAGACCAAGAAAGCCCUUUUAGUCAUGAUUUUCUGAGGCAGAGGAGUCUGUGUUACAUCUGGUUUUCAUACUUGAUUAUGAGUGAAGCCCAAGUCAAAGCAAGAAAGGAAAUGAUAUCUAAAAAACAUAUAUUAACCUCCCAGGCUCACCUUGGUCUCUGAACACUCAUAGUUGCCCUUCUCAUAGAUUGAACGGUCUCUCUGAGCUGCGGAAGGAUGUUCUUUAUGAAGGUCAUUUAGUGGGGCAAGCUCUUCUGUCUGCUUCAGAUUACUGGAGAGAAAAAGGCAGCAGCUUAUGGUGUGUAUCAUGAAUGUGAUGAUGAAAAUUAUUCCCUAGAUUGGAGGACUCAAGUUGGUGAGGCACAGAGCAGCCAGUGGUACUAAAGAGGACUAGCCAAAGAAUCCCUUCAGUUUAACAUUGGGGUGGGAGAGGAGCAAACCCAUGUUGUCAGCAUAUUUCAGGGGAGUGUUUGUGAGUCUGGAUGGGAGAUGGUGAAAGAGAGAUCAGGAUCUGGCCUUUUCAGCAUUGACUGCUCCAUGUGGUUGGGAGAGAUUCUUGUUUGGCUGGUAAUGGUAUGGAUGAGGCUGUUGUAGAUGCCAGCAGAUAUAAAAAAAGACUCACACUGGCUUUAAGUUCUGCUGGGAAUACAGGGUCAAGAAUCUGUGCUUGCUGAGUAGGAAAGGAAAAAGCUAGAAUGAAAAUAGAUGCUAUUUUUAAGUUUCCAAAAACAUUAAAACAAAUCCUUGGGAAUAUGCCUCUAGCAGGCAAAAUCUGCAGUUGCCUUAAUCCUUAAGGUUGACCCAGAAUUAAUUUUCUUUCAAAAGAACUCCACCAAAACCCCAAACAACAACCAAGCGAUGUGUCCAAAUAAGUAUCUCCAUUUUUGUUAGCAGAGACUGCAUUUAGGUUAGCUGGGAAUCUUACCUUCUUUAAAAGACGGGAAAAAAAAUAAAGAUCCAAGUUAAUUACAUGAUUAAACUGGAAUAUUUUCUACUUUGGCACUGUUCUGUGAAAUAACAGCUACAGCAGUAGGCCUUAGCACAUCUGGUCUCAGAAACACAGGAAGAGGAAAUACAUUGUUUGUCAGACUAAAUAUAGUUGGAUUGGAGGUCUUCUUUCCGUAAAAUGGUCAGAGACAGUGGCUGAUGUACACUGGGCCAGAUUUUCUGUUGUUGUAAAUAUUAAGAGUUCCAUGUAUUCCACUGGUUAUAGUAGUAUUUACAGCUCACUGAGAAAACUGUCUCUUUGCAGAAUGUAAAGUUUAAAUUAAACCAUGUGCUGUGGAUCAGCUGAUGAGAGAUGCAGAGUCCCCACGUUUCCUUUGGGCAACCUGCACAUUUUAAGCCUUUCAGUUGUGCUAAGGGUGAGGAGAAUCUGGAUGGAUUCAGCCUGAAGACAGAAGUUGUGUGCAUUCAUUAUUGCUCAUAGUCUGACUGUUACCUGUUUGAACACGCAGAGUCCAUUAAUCACCAGUUUAUUUCGUGUUUACAGCAUGUGUGUAUUUGCACUGCAUGCUGGGAGAGAGGGAAACUCCUUCUGGAGGCCUCCCAGGUCAGGCCUGACAGGAGAAGCAUUGGAAAGAGCUGUCAGCAUGCUGGUCAGCUGUAUUUGUGAUGUGUGGUAGGAACUCAAAGCUAUUGGUACAAUUGGUUUAGUCCAGAUUCAUCUCAGCCAACCUCAGGCUGCUCUGCUCCUUACCUGGGGGCCCAGGGCACACUGUUCAGUCACCUGAGAGAAACAGAAAUUGCCUGAUAUGGCACCUUCUCAUUCUACUCGUUACAUGCAGGAAACUUCCUGAACUUCAGGCACAUCAGCAGGUGUCUUAAUUUAUUGUGACAGUGCACCCCUGCAAGACCAGCUCCUUCUUGUAGCUUAUACACACCUGUAAGGUGUUUUGGAAGCCACUUGGACUGAACUGUAUUGACAGUGGGAAGGGAGGGGGCAAGAAAAUACAUCUGUCCAGGGAUGACUGCCCAUGUGGCUUUUUGUUAAUUUUCCUGACUGGUAAAGGACUCUGUCUGGAUGAACCUGUGGUAUGUUUUCUGUAUUUCUGUGCAGCUUCACCUCUUGGGUUUGAGCUCAUUAUGAGCCAGGUUUCAGUGAUUGUCAUUGACAGUGAGAUGAAGAAACCCUGAUCUUGCUUAGAUCUUACCCCCAGAUGGCUGGUUUCUCAGUAUUUGUUGGGACCACUCUUUCAGAAUUCAGUUGUGAGCAUCAGUUCCUGUAGAGCUAAGCUGGUGCUUUCCUCUUCAUCUGCUGUUUCUGCCAGGAGUACUUGCUCUGAUGAUGCUACUUGUGCUGUUUCUGGAGUUCAGCUAAAGAGAGAAUACACUUAAUCCUGAGCCAGAAUAGAGAGGGAAAAGAGCUAAAAGAAAGAAAGCAAUGUCACAGCUGGGUGAGACAUCCCAGUAUUGUCCCCUUCAUGGCAUGUUUCGCCCUUGCUUCUGAGUGCAGUGAAAGAGCACUGUUCCAUCUUAAAAAGUGCUGUCUUCCCAGUGUCAGCCUCUCAGUGACCCCAGAAUUAGUGUUGUAAAAAUAAAGUCAGACCUGUUCCUCCCUUAAGGUUUGAAUGAUCUAACAGUGCUGGCUUGUAAGAAGUGGAAAGAAGGGAAAAUGCAGAAGCCUGAAGGCUCUUUUGCCUGCCCUGCAGAAUUUACUUAUGUAGAAGUUGAUAAACAAAACAAUUUUAACCCGUUCUGUUCUGACAGAAAGAGCAAAUUAUUUCAAUCACUAAUUUUUAGCACAUAGAAAUAUCUGCUUUGUUUUAAAGCAAAGGAGAGAAAGAGGUAUCUAAUACCUAAUGAUUAGAAUUUAGUGUAUUAUCUCUUAAUACACUAUAGUAAAUGAGGCCAUUCCCUUUUUUAACCUUGUCCAGUGCAAUUUUGAAAAUGGCUUUUUCAUUACAUUAUAUGUAAUAUGGUGUCUGAGUAUAACUUUGAUCAUUGGGAAGGAAACUCAUGCAAUGUCCACACAUUAUGUGAAAUAAUUUCCCGAUGCAUGAUUUGCUGACUUCGGACAAAAGCCGAUUUUCUUUCAUUCACCAGUGAGCUCUGGAGGCAGGAAAAUGCACUCCCUUCUCCUCCACAGAGCGGAGAAAGCAUUUCUGGAUCCCGUACAAAGUGAUUCAUGGCCUUACGCAGUCCCCAUAGGCCAGAAAGCCCAAAGAUGCAGACACUCUCCUCCUCUGUUUUCCUCUGAAAUGAGAGCACAGCCGUAACUCUGACAACUAGUCAGUCUCUGGCUGCUGAGUAACGAGGCUGUAGUUUAAGGUGGGGAGCAUUUUCCCUUUUGCACUUGACAGAGUACUGUGUAUUCAGGCUGGAUGUCACUAUUUGCUUCUGUAAAUAUGAUAGUACCGAUUUGCGUCCUGCACCCGAGUCCCCAUACCCGUGUAUGUUCAUAUCUCCCAAGGAGAGAAGAUAAUCUUUAACCUUCUGUAGUGUUAAAUAUCCCUGCCCUAACCGGAAGGCACAAAAAUAGAGUGCAAUGAACUAUAUAGCUACUUUCUUUGAUUUAAUUUAUUUUUUCUUUGAAAAUAUUUUUGCUUGCAUUCAGUAGUAAUGGAAAGAUAGUAUCAAUGACCAGAGAGCAGUAAAACUGUUGGGAGUUGUCUAUAAUGCCUGGAAUGACUUUGUAAGUUAGAGAUGGAAAGAGCUAGUAGAGGGCUCAGUUCCCUACACUAAACAGUACUAGGUUACACCUGUAUUCUCCAUUAAGCUUGUGAUAUCCUAGGAUAAGUAGAUUUACCCAGUAGCAUGACACAGACUUAUGGAUGAAGUUACUUGAGGUUUGGUGAUGUAUUCUGUAGGAAAAUAUUUUGAAAUGGAAGUUGCCACAGAAAGUGAAAAAUCCCCUCAAUAGCUACUUACACACAAUAGAUCAAAUUUGUGCAUUGUUUCCCCAUUUCUAAAAAGGGAGAUUUUGAAACACAGGUGGGUUAUAGCCAGUAUUUGUAAGUUUAAUGGCUGGAGCUCUUGGGGGAGUUUUCUCUUUCUGUGAUGAAGAACAUCUGCACUUUUUCAGUGAACAGUCAUUGCAAAAUGGACUUACACAACACUGUAAAACAUAGAGUGAUAACUGAGGAUCCCACAGCACUUUUCUUGAAUUAAGGUGGGAUUCUGAUUGCAUGUUGAUGUUUGCACUGGGGCAAGUACAGCCAAGGAAUGCAAACCUGCUCAUCCUGGAGCCUGGAGUCGGUCGAUGAACUGCUCCCCAGCUCCCCUGACUUACACGUGGCUUUGCAGGCAGCCACUGACACUACAGACACCUGUCAUGAGGCGAGGUGGAUCUUCUGUCUGGAUUGCAGCGCUGAGCUUUGUGUUGUGGUUAGCAACGGUACUUACCUCUGCUUCCAACCUGAUGCUUGUUGGGACGGGAGGCCUUUCUUUUUUUUUUCCCUUUUUCUUUUUUUCUUUAUAUUCUAGAGCAGGUAGCACUACAGUGAUGGGUAAUGUAACUGAUCCUUGGUUAUAAUACUGUGGCAUAAAAAUGCUUUGGGUUUUCUCAAGUGUUUUAGAGAUGAGGUUACUAUGUGAACAUUGGACUGUGCAUAACCUAGAAUGUGUUAGGACACAUAAUAUUUGUGUCUCAGUUGAUGAAAGUAUUUCCUUAUGCUUAUUCAACACUAGAUACUUAUCAGGAAACUCUCCCUAAAGAGUCUGCUAGAACAGCAGAAGAUUCAAGUCUUCAUCUAAGCUACAAAACAAUGAACCACAAGAGCUCUGCUAUGAUUUCGGAAUGUUCCCCCCCCACCCUCCAGUUUCAGCUUACAGAAGUAUUUCCAACCCUGCAUAGUUGGCUAUCUGCAUGUAUGCUUACAGUCUGUACAGAAAUGCACUAAAAUGAGUUGCCCUACCUGGGAAGGCUUUAUAUUGUAUAGAAAAUGUGGCACUAGGUACUGCUCUUCAUGUGCACAGGAGAGUUAACAGGUGUCAGUCUCGUUUACAGAAAUGAUGGCGCUUUGCAAUUUUCUAUAAUAUAUUGCAAUAUAUUUAAAUGUCCUGUUUGACAUGUGAAAUGAAAUUAAGUUAAUGCAUUGUUAUGUAUUUGAAGUAUGAGGAAGAUGAUUCACUAACGACCAGCAAGGUUUUUAGAAAGGUGUCCAGUAUGUAGCUGUCUGUGUGAUCUGUCUGGUGUAUGUGAUGUUAAAGGAAGCAACAAUACUGUCACUGUUUAGAAUGAAGAGUUUCUUUUGAAUGAUGCAAUAGCUUACAAUGUCUUUCCUUUGUAGCUGCCCAGUGUGGUGAAGGGGAAGCAAUUCUUGAAAAAGUUCAAGAUAACUGGUUAACUGUGAAUGGGCCUAAUCUUUCGUGAAACCAAGAAAAUUUUUGGACACACACAGGACUUGAAUACUCAAAAGGAUUGGAACUUAGUGUUGUGCCAAAGUUAAACUACUGCAGUUGGCAGUUCUGCACUGUAAAUAGAAGACUGAUUAAAAGACAGCUUGUAAAAAAAAAAAAAUCAAAUUUUAAUACAGUACGUUUUUAUUCUGAUACAUGAUGGAAACAUUCUGUUUUAGACCUUUUUUGAAGAGGCUUCAGUGACCACUAGAUUUUGUCCUCUUAUAUUUUGUUUGGCCUAAUACUAUAUGUUCUAGUAAGAUGGGCUUUAUUGCCUGUGUUCUUUGAUAUGUGAUUAAGCUUAUAGCUUUGAGUGACCAAACAUUUUACAGAGUAAAAGUUCUUAGAAACAGUAUAACGUAACUGAUAUUUCUGUGUCUUAUUUAUCAGGCUCUGCACAAACUUGGAAGGUUGUGCUGGACUUGUACAACUCAUAUAUGGGAACGCAGCAUACUUCCGGAUAUUACAAACCUAAGCCUUUGUGGCCGAAUGGAUCUUGUCUUUGGAUUUAUUUUUGUUAUUUUUUUGAGGCAAAGAAACGAAUGGAUGCUGCUGUAAAAUAUUUGUAAUAUUGCCAUUAUUGCUUUCUGUAGCAAUUAUUGCUUUUGCUUCAACAGAUAAAGAAAAUAAAUCAGAGAUAGAAAAAUCCUAAAAGACGCUGAUAGAAGAAAGGAUCAUGUGAGAACUUCUGAAAAUAAACUUUGUACCAAAAAUUUGAAAACAGAAAUAAUGGAAUAAAUGUCUCUUUACUGAGUGUGUGUGGUUUUAAGAGGUGGUGUGGAAACCAGGAAUCAUGUCUGUAUGAACAUGUCAUGGACCAGAUCUUCUCAAAUAUGUUUUCUCCUGUUACACAAAAAGUGAAUUUCCCCAAUUCCUCAGAUGCAUUGAAUUUAGAGAAGUGGCUUGGCUGAACAGCUAGCGUGAGGUCAGCUUCACGUGUGAGUCACUACAGCUGCUCGUUGCUGAACUGUUCUGCCAUGUUAGCAGCCCAGGGACGUUCAUGGGAUUUUUCUCAUUAAGGCAGAUUGUCUUUAUUAAGGCAUUUUAAAUAUUUGGGGUGGGAAGAGUAGGGGUGAGUAAGAACCACCUCCUCGCUGAGGUCCCUGUCGGUUGGACAUGAUGCUUUAUGGGUACUCUAACGUGUGCCUUGUCCUCAGAGAAGAAGGGUCUGAGGCAAGAGCUGCUGUUGAGCUCUGCAUUUCUGCCUUUGCCAUCGCUUACAGCUCCCUGCCGGAGGCAGUGCCAUGUCCUGCACUGGGUGAUUCAUCACACCCAUCUCCUUCAGCUGCUGUGCUGCAGCUGGAGAGGCUCGAGACCUGGUUUUUCCAGCACGACUCGGCAUUGUGCCUACGGACCUAUGCCCUAGAAAAAGAUGUUUAGAGCCAUAGAUUGGUUUCUGUGCUGCAGCUCAUGGUAGUGUGAAGCAUUACAUCCCGAGCUGGAGCAGUGACCUACGCACACUGCUUUGAGCACAAGUGGUCAGUACAGCUUCGUGCUUGGCCACAUAGUUUUACUUAGUUCAGUAAAAACAAAAGCUUAUUCAAGAAUCCAUCGACUAAUGAGGGAGUUAUGAGAAACUCCAGGUUAUGUGUGCAGUCACCUUUUUUUAAAAGGUACCUUAUUUGUGUAAAGUGUCACCAGCCAUUCCAAAUUCUGCAGUUCAGUAGAUACUUUCACAAGAGACCAGCUGGCCCUGUGGGUUGUUUCCCCUCUCUCAGCCUCCUCUCCCAGCCUCUUUUAUCUUGCAUUUGUUUUCAUAACAAUACUGUCAAUUACUAUUUUUACAAAUUUAAAAUACCAAGCCACUUUGUUCACUGCCUUAUUUUCCUUUGUAUGCCAAAAAGUUCCCUCUAUAAAUUGUUCCCUGUGGGCUUGGCAUUGUGGAAAUACUGAAAUAUUGAAAUAUUGAAUGUUGGCAUUUGAAAUAUUGUUUGUGGUGGUCUUUAGUCUCACAUGGUGGUUUCUAACAUUUUGGUGGUUAAAUGACUUGUUGCACUCAAAAUACUGUAAAAUGAGACAUUUAAAUAUAUGUUUCUACUGCUGUAAUGCUGAACUGUAAGCAUUAUGAGUAA